UUUAUACUGUCGGAUUAAUCCGUUUCCCACGGAGACAAUCAGGAUGAUGUGUUUGAUCCAGGAUCCUGAUGAUUGAUGAACAUUCUGGAAUAAUGUGUAUUGUUACGUAAUUUUUGACAUCAGUGAACUUCCAUAACAAAUACUACCACCAGGAAACUUUGCAGCAAUAUCGGAAGUACAGUUCCCAUUUAAAACCGAUAUAAGAUUAACGCUACCAUGGAGAUUACAGAUGUUCAGAUAAACCGGCAACUUUUUAGACACAUUUUGAUUAGUAUUGUCUUUGUGUUACAAUGCUGGAGUGAUGUCCUGGCCGUGCCAUGUAAUUCAAUAUGCACUACAUGUGACAGAGAUUCCGCAGGGCAUGUUGUCAAGGUCGUGUGUACCGGGGUUGAUAUUCCCUCAAUCCCAGACUCUGUACAAGAGAUGUACCUUUCUGACGGCACAGUGAGUAGGCCGGGUAUUUUCAAGGAUUACGUGUUUAUCGGUAAGACAGAUUUGCAUGUAAUACAUAUGAAAAAAUAUGGUAUAAAGAUGGUGUGGGAAUCACCCUUCAUCAAUCUGACGGACCUCAUCGAGGUCGACCUCAGUUAUAACGAUAUCCAAGACUUUGACAAGUCCAAUCUAGCUGGGCCAGUAGCCUUACGGGUGUUAAAGCUGAGCCACAAUAAGAUACAACAGAUCAAUGAUGAUGCGUUUGUUAAUCAGACAUCUCUUAAGGAACUUUACAUGUCCGUGAACAAAGUGACACAGAUUCCAGCCAAUGCUUUCCGUGGCCUUCGGAGUCUGGAGCACCUUGACCUGUCGUACAACCUUCUGACUACAAUAAGCAGCCAGGCGUUCCAUGAUUGUUCCGCGCUACGGAUACUGUCACUGCGGGGGAACCGACUAGACACUGUGGCCCCACACCUGUUCCAGGGCCUCAGUCACCUACAAUCCGUGAACCUUCAGAGGAACCGUCUCUUCUCUAUUGGCCAGGACGCCUUUGUUGGAACCAACAUCACAUUUCUUGACAUGUCACGCAACCGAUUACAUGACGUACGGUCAACCAUGGCAGUUUUGAAAACUGUAUCUGGUGAGAAUGUUGAAGUUGUUUUAACUGCUAAUCUUUUAAACGUGAGCUAUGGACCUGGAGUAUUAUCAGGUGUGACAGUCAAACUGUUAGAUCUCCAGUACAAUGGUAUAACAACGUUUCCACAAGACACAUUUGCAAAUAAUCACAUUCGUAAUUUGAAGUUAGCACACAACAACUUGAAAUCCUUACCAUCCAGCAUGGAAGCCUAUUUGGCAGCUGUAAAACCUAACAUCACACUAGAUCAUAACCCCUGGCAGUGUGACUGUAGACUACUGUGGUUCUCUAAAUAUCUCAACCAGUUAUCUCCUCCUGAUCUGGGGACAAGACUACAGAGUACACUGCAGUGUAGCGCGCCCAGCACCCUACAAAAUAUCCUUAUACAAAACAUCGCUACGAUUAUAGAAUCGGGAUGCAAAACUACCAUAGUGACAGCUACAGGUAAUUAUACAUCCCCAGUAGCAAACAUCACAGCGACCAGACCUACACCUGCAGUAAGUCUACCUGUACAAUCCUCACCUGGAGCAGGUAAACCUGGACUGGGACCAAUUAGUGCACCAAGUGUUCCUGUGACUUGGACAACUUGGAAAAUGGUUACAUCACCAGGAGGCAGCCAAACUGUGUCUGGAGCUGGUAGCUCAGUACCUACAGGGCUGCCACAGGUACCAGGUGGCAUCAUAUCUACAGGGCUGCCACAAGCACCUGGUAGCAUCAUACCUACAGGGCUGCCACAGGUACCAGGUGGCACAACAUCUUCAGGUCUGCCACAAGUUCUGGGUGGCAUGAAACCUACAGGGUUGCCAGGUGGCACUACAACUACAGCGCUGCCACAAGUACCAGGUGGCAUGAAACCUACAGCGCUGCCACAAGUACCAGGUGGCAUGAAACCUAUAGGACUGCCACAGGUUCCCGGUGGCAUUUCAACUACAGGGAUGACACAGGUACCCAAUAGUACCCUAACUACUGGGCUGACCCCAGGUGGCACUUCACCUGUAGGACUUAACAGUGGAAACAGCCAAGGUGAAUCUCAAAGAACAACUCAAAGCUCAGAUAACUCCUUUCCGAUUGGUGCUGUUGUGGGACCGCUUGCGGCAUUGUGUCUGAUAGGUGGUGCUAUAGGGUGGUUCCUGUACAGGAAAAAGUCCAAAGGGACCAAUGGGAGAGUGAACAGUAACCAGCCCCAUGAACCAGAGGAAACGGAUUAUCUGUGGGGUAAACAUCAGCCCAUAACAAGGUCGCUUGGUCCGUCUAAAACAUACUUCAACUCAAACUCCUUAAACAGCUUCUAUUCUUAUCAAGGUAACAGCAUGUAAAAUUUUAUCAAUUUUAAACAUUUCUUUUUAUAUAGUUUUGACAUCUGUGUCAAAAAGAAAUCCAAUACUUUUUUCAAAAACAAUUUUUUAUUAUCAACAAGAUAUAGAAAGCAGGUAAUAAGGAAUUUCAUAAUCCAUUAAAUUGAUGAAUAACAUUGUCGAUAUUUUCUGUAUGGAUUAAAUAAAAUAAUCAA